GACAGCUGCCUCCACAGCCUAACAGUCGAAGGGCGCCAGAUUGAGUAUGCGCUCGUGGGCGAGGAAAGUGCGGAGCCUGUCCUCCUCUUCUACCCGCUCGGCGCGUGCCGCUUUUUGGCAGCAGUGUUUGCAACUCCCGCUCGUCGUGCUGGAGCCCGGCUAAUAUGCUUAAACCGGCCUGGCAUGGGCAAGGCCUCGGCAGCCCGGACCGGGAAUGUGAGUGAUCACAUCGCCGCGCAUUGUCAAGAUGCGGUGAAAUGCCUGGACCAUUUGGGCUACGAGCGCGCUCGUGUGCUGUUUCUUUGCGCCGGCGCUCCUUUCGCCUUGGCUUUCCAGGCACGGUAUCCGACGCGAACCUUUGGUCGCCUUGUUGGCUGCUCUGCUUGGGUGUCGCCCCUCGACUGCCCGCGGGCGAAGCUCAUGUAUCGGCUCAGCGCGAGCCUUCCCUCAACGAUGCUUGCCACGCUGGCAGACGCUGUCGCCGGCUGGACCAGAGCGGUACCUUCUUCGACAACUUUCUCGUCUCUUCCGACGUCUUCCAUGCCAAGUAGCACCUCGUCCAUGGCCCAGUCUUUGCAGGGACCGCAG